AUGGCAAGCGAAAAGGCAAGCCAUUUGGCUACGGACAUUGAACACGUCCCCCACGGUCAUAACAAAGCAGCGGAAGCAGAACCUCACACGUCAACCACUUUCGACGACCUUCGUAAAGUCACGACCGUCGAUACUGUUCACAACGAUGAAGCCACCAAAGUUCUCGCCUCUUAUACUGGCGACGAGCAUUGGACCCCUGAAGAGGAGAAGCUCCUCGUUCGCAAGAUCGACCGACGUCUGUUGCCGCUUUUGAUCCUGACAUACGGCUUGCAAUACUACGACAAAGCCAUGCUCUCACAAGCUGCAAUUUUUGGGCUUCGUCGAGACUUGAGUUUAUCAACGGGAAAUAGGUACAGCAUGUCGGCCUCGAUCUUCUACCUUGGCUUUAUUUGCGGCGCAACGCCUGCGGUGAUAAUGGCGCAGCGCUUUCCGAUCGAGCGGGUCGCUUCCGGCAUCGUGCUGGUCUGGGGUGUUUGCUUGAUGUGUACUGCUGCCUGCCACAACUUUCAGAGUCUGUACGCACAGAGGUUCUUCCUUGGCCUGUUGGAAAGUGGUGUCAGCCCUAUGUUUAUGUUGAUCGUAUCUGGAUUUUAUUUGAAAACAGAGCAGGCUCUGAGGAUGGGUGCUUGGUAUUGUGCCACUGGAUACGUGAGCAUCUUUGCUCCUCUGAUCAACUAUGGUCUCGGCCACAUACAGGGAGCUCUGUCUCCUUGGAAGUACAUGUAUCUCGUGGCAGGUGCCAUCACCAUACUCUGGUCAAUAGUCAUCCUGUUCUAUAUGCCACCUGAUCCAAUUCGAAUGCGUGGCUUAAGCGACCGAGAGCGCUACAUUGCUGUGGCACGUAUGCGCGUGAACAAUGCUGGAGUGCGGAAUACCCACUUCAAGUGGAAGCAGGCUGUGGAAGUAUUAUACGACAUCAGAUUCUGGAUAGUGUUUGCAAUAGCCUUUCUGAUGAUGAUUGCUAAUGGGCCUGUGAGCUCUUUCAUUCCGAUCAUCAUCAAUGACUUUGGGUUCAGCACGCUGAACUCUUUGCUUCUCGUGAUGCCGGCAGGUGCUAUCAUCGGGACGGUAGAAUUGCUGGCUCCGUACCUGGCCUACAAGUUUCCUGGCAUCAGAACGUAUCUGGUAUUUGCCUGUCAACUCGGAACAAUCACUGCUUCAGUUCUUCUGUGGCAACUGCCCAGGAAUGGUUCCACUGGUGCAAAGCUCUUUGCUUGCUAUAUUCUAGCAACCUUUGGCGGUGGAUACGCGGUGCUUAUGGGUGUGCAGACAGCGAACACUGCAGGAUAUACCAAGAAAAGCGUCACAGCGUCGGGCAUCUUCCUUGGGUAUUGCCUAGGCAAUUUCGUUGGACCACUUCUCUUCAAGCCAGCAGACGCGCCUGGUUAUGCGCCAGGCUGGGAGGCGACUGUCAUCACUGCUGUGUUGGCGGCAGUAUUGGCUCUCGUGUACAGAUUCGUAUGCAUGUGGGAGAACAAGAGAAGAGACAAAAUUGGUGCUGAAGGAUUUGAUCAUGCGUACGAGGAUGAUUUGACCGACAUGAAGAAUCCUCAAUUUAGAUACCAGCUUUGA